UCGAUGUCGUAAAGAAAGAAUGGAAAAGGAUAACGUAAUCACCUUUUUACAAAAAGAGGACUUGAACUUAGAUCUUGACGACGAGGAUAUUGAGAUAAUCAGAAGGCCGGCUUUUAGGAUUGCGAAGCUAGUCAAGAAAAUCAGAGGCGAGCAAGAUCAACCCGAUACCGAACUUUGUCUGGAUCUAAGGAAACUUAUAUAUUUCAUCGAUGACUCGAAUUCAUAUAUCGAAGGAAAAUAUGUAACCGGUGAACCUGAAAAAAUGGGUGUGGGAGAAAGGGCUGGCAUAAGGCAAUUGACCAAAAAAGUGGUGACACAUGACCAGUGGGUUGAAGGAGAAUAUGCGAAAGAACAACGUAAAGUCUCCACAGGUUCAGAAAAUUUUCUUGAAGUUAUCGCCCGGCUAAUAGAUGUCAGUAUGUACCGUUUGCCUGUCGAAUGUGACAUUGAAAUUGCAAGAGCUGAACGACGGAGUCAAACAAUCGAAGAUUGUCGACAAGAAUCAAGAGGGAAUAAACCAAAUAUUAUAAUUCGUAGUAUUUUUCGUAACAAAUGGGAGGAAUUAGUAUAUAUUGAGAGUGGGAGAGAAGCUUUUGGUAAAAAAUAUAUAGGGUUUGGAGUUAAUAUUGCGGGUAACCAUAUCGAAAUAUCUGGGCUAAUACGUCAAGACAAUAUCAAAUACUAUCUUCCGGUUUCGAGAGCCAAAAUACCUUUCGGGGAAGAAUCAGUCGAGGAAGUAGAAGACUUUAUCCAUGCUUUAUUGACUUUACGGAAUAGAAUUAUUGUGAACGCACAAUGUAUUUCCAACAAAGAUCUAGGAAAAAUAGUGGAGGAAGACUAA